AUGCCUUCCAAACAACAGCUGGACAAAGAAGCCUGGGGCUGGAUUGACACGACUGAACCAAAUGAAGUGACCCUAGAACAUGUUAAAUAUGCUUAUCACAUAAAUUUGCAAGCAUGUGAGGCUGGGACAUGCAAACGGAAUUGUCGUGGCAACCCAUUCUGUUUGAAUGGCAUUGGUGAACGGAUGUGGCUGGGCCAGAUCGAUGAACGUAAGUGGCACGACAUUGAGGACCCUAACCAUGAACGACGCAGCCUGAAUUCUUUUGUUGGGCUGAAGAAUCUUGGAGCUACCUGUUAUGUUAACACUUUUCUCCAGCUAUGGUUCCACAAUCCAGAGGUGAGAAGGGCUGUCUACCAAUGGAGAAGCAGAGAUGAGCCCCCACCUCAAAGCCCAAUUGAUUCUGAGUGGACCCCAUCAUCCAUUUGUGGACAUUUGCAGUUAAUCUUUGCCCUUCUUGAGUUUAGUAAGCAAAGGUACAUAGACCCAAGCAACUUCAUAAAACAUCUUGGACUGAAUACUGCUCAGCAACAAGAUGCCCAGGAGUUUUCUAAGCUAUUUUUGUCUCUGUUAGAAGAGACAUUGAUGCAGAGUGAUAACCCCAAAAUAAAGAAUGUGAUAGAAGAGCAAUUCUCUGGGGAAUACACUUAUAUUACCUGCUGCAGUCAGUGCGGUGGGAAAUCGAAAACGCCUUCCAAGUUCUAUGAACUUGAUUUAAAUAUUCGCGGAACUAAAACCUUGCAUGAAAGUCUUAAAGAAUUUUUGCAGGAGGAGAAACUUGAAGGUGAUAACAAGUACAUGUGUUUGCAAUGCAAAACAAAGCAGAAUGCAAUACGUAUCAUCCAACUGCAGAAACUGCCACCUGUCCUCAAUUUACAGUUGUUGAGAUUUGUAUUUGAUAAGCAAACAGGACAAAAGAAAAAACUUAACAGUUACAUCCAGUUCCCAGAAGUCCUUGAUAUGACUGAAUAUGUCAAAGCCCCAGGUGUUGAAGUGUCUUUACCUGUCAUCUAUGAUUUGAGUGCUGUCCUCAUCCACCGUGGGAUUAGUGCCUACAGUGGGCACUACAUUGCCCACAUCAAAGACCGUACUACACAGGCUUGGUAUAAGUUUAAUGAUGAAGAGACAGAAAGGAUGCAGGGACGUAAUUUGCACCUUGGUAAUGAGGAUGAAGUACACAUACAAGGAGGAAGUAGUUUAGCAGCCAAAAACAAAGCCCCCAAAUCCACAAAAGGUUACCAUUCCUCAAAAAAUGCUUACAUGUUGGUAUACACAAAAAGGAAAUUAGGACAACAACCAAUCUCUCAACCUUUUGAGGAUGUUUGGAAUGAAGAUAUCAUUCCUCCCCACAUACGGGAGUAUGUGUCCAUGGAUAACAAACGGUUUGAGAAUUGGAUUCAAGAACUUGUUAAUAUGAGGGACCAAAGUGUAGAAAGUGGCCGUGAGCAACAAGAAGAAAUUAGAUAUGUUUAUUAUUCACUUGUGCCUAAAGGAAAUUGUAUAAAUGUAUUAGAAUGGUUAAGUUUGGAUUGGCUGUCACGUUGGCUUACAGAUCCCCUCAAAGCUCAGGCAAUCAACCAUGAAAGCUUUUUGUGUUCUCACAGCAGGAGAAGGGGACCACCCAACUGUUGUCAACACGGUGCCCCCCAACUUGCAUCAUUCGCCCACCCCUGGCCGGAGACUUUUGCUGGUACAAAGGAUAUCUGUCCCCACCGGUUUGCAUCUCAUAAUAAAUGUCUUCAGAAACCCCUUAGAGCACGGUGCGCCGUUUUGACAGCAGGGGCGUGCCAUGUAGCCUGGUCCGCAUGGCCCAUGGACCAUGUGGGAUCUCACAGCCUCAAAUAG